AUGCUCACAGCCUGGGCGCUUCUGCUCUUCUUAGCCAUGUGGGUGAGAAGCACCUCUGGUGGCCCGCUCUCCUUCAGAAUAGCUGCCAUCCUUGAUGACCCUAUGGAGUGCAGCAGAGGAGAGCGUCUCGCCAUCACGCUGGCCAAAGACAGCAUCAACAGGAACACAAACCGCUCCACCACUGGCAAGCUGGAGGUGGACAUCUUUGAACUGCUAAGAGACAGUGAAUAUGAGAUGGGGGAAACAAUGUGCCAGAUCAUGUCUAAAGGAGUGGUGGCGGUGCUUGGCCCCUCUGCCAGUCCGGCCUCCAACUCCAUCAUCAGCAAUAUCUGUGGAGAGAAGGAGGUGCCCUAUGUCAAGGUGGCUCCGGAGGACAUUCUGAAGGUUCAAUUCCCCCGGUUCACCACCCUGGACCUGAGGCCUACUAACACCGACAUCAGCCUGGCUGUAGCCGGCCUUCUCACCUUCUUUAACAGCACCACCGCCUGCCUCAUCUGUGCCCAGGCUGACUGCUUAUUGAACCUGGAGCAGCUCCUCCGGCAGUUCCUCAUCUCCAAGGAGACUCUGUCAGUGCGCAUGCUUGAUGACAGCCAGGACCCGACCCCUCUCCUGAAGGAGAUACGCGAUGACAAGACUGCCACUAUUAUAGUGGAUGCCAACGCCACCAUGUCACAUAUCAUUUUGGAACGGGCAUCAGAGCUGGGAAUGCUGUCUAUCUACUACACUUACAUCUUCACCUCUCUGGAGUUCUCUUUACUACGACUGGAUGAUGUUGCGGACCAGAGAGUCAACAUAGUCGGUUUUUCAGUCUUCAACAAAACUCAUCCAUUCUUCCAGGAUUUUGUGCUAAGCCUCAACCGCUCCUGGCAAGAGAACUGUGACCAUGCACCCUUCGCUGGAACCCCACUCUCCUCAGCUCUGCUCUUUGAUGCGGUAUACGCGGUGGUGGCGGCGGUCCAGGAGCUGAACCGUAGCCAGAACGUUGGCGCCACUCAGCUCUCCUGCAAGUCCUCCAAGAUCUGGGAGCACGGCACCAGCCUCAUGAAUUACCUGAGGAUGGUAGAAUUGGAAGGUCUAACAGGCCACAUUGAAUUCAACAGCAAAGGUCAGAGGUCUAACUACGCCCUGAGGAUAAUGCAGAACAGCAAGGACGGCCUAAGGCAGAUUGGCCUGUGGCACUCUGAAGAUGGACUGUCCAUGGAGAGAAAGCUUCCAUCAAUCAAUGUGACGGACACCCUCUUCAAUACUACUCUUACCAUCACAACAAUAUUGGAGAAUCCAUAUGUAAUGCUGCGGCAGAACCACCAAGAAUUUGAGGGAAAUGACCGCUAUGAAGGCUUCUGUGUGGACAUGCUGAAGGAGCUGGCAGAUAUUCUCAAGUUCAAGUAUCGCAUCCGGCUGGUGGGUGACGGACUGUACGGCGUUCCUGGAGCUAAUGGAACAUGGACCGGCAUGGUCGGAGAGCUCAUCUCGAGGAAAGCUGACCUGGCAGUCGCAGGCCUCACCAUCACAGCAGAGCGUGAAAAGGUCAUUGACUUCUCCAAGCCUUUUAUGACCCUCGGCAUCAGCAUUAUGUACCGCGUCCACCUGGGACGUAGGCCGGGCUACUUCUCCUUCCUGGAUCCCUUCUCCCCUGGAGUCUGGCUCUUCAUGCUUCUGGCCUAUUUGGCUGUCAGCUGUGUCCUCUUUCUGGUGGCCAGAUUGACGCCUUAUGAGUGGUACAACCCCCACCCCUGUCUAAAGGGUCGCUGUAACCUGCUGAUCAACCAGUACUCACUUGGCAACAGUUUCUGGUUCCCUGUUGGAGGCUUCAUGCAGCAAGGAUCCACUAUUGCUCCCAGAGCUCUGUCCACUCGUUGUGUCAGCGGAGUGUGGUGGGCCUUCACAUUAAUCAUAAUCUCAUCCUACACCGCCAACUUGGCUGCCUUCCUAACUGUCCAGAGGAUGGAGGUGCCGAUAGAGUCAGUAGACGACCUGGCAGAUCAGACAGCGAUCGAGUAUGGCACCAUGCAUGGAGGAUCCACGAUGACCUUCUUCCAGAACUCUCGCUACCAGACCUACCAGCGUAUGUGGAACUUCAUGCACUCAAAGCAGCCCAGUGUGUUUGUGAAGAGCACAGAGGAGGGGAUCGCCCGUGUCCUCAACUCUAACUAUGCCUACUUGCUGGAGAGCACCAUGAACGAGUAUUACCGCCAGAGGAACUGCAACCUGACUCAGAUUGGAGGACUGCUGGACACCAAGGGCUAUGGCAUCGGCAUGCCACUGGGGUCAGUGUACCGUGAUGAGUUUGACCUGGCCAUUCUCAAACUGCAGGAGGACAAUCGUUUGGAGAUCCUCAAGAGGAAAUGGUGGGAUGGUGGCAAGUGUCCAAAGGAGGAGGACCACCGCGCCAAAGGUCUGGGUAUGGAGAACAUCGGCGGCAUCUUCGUGGUGCUAGUGUGUGGCCUGCUGGUGGCUAUCUUCAUGGCGGUGCUGGAGUUUGUCUGGAUGUUAAGGCAGACACCAGGAAAUGAGCAGUCAGUGUGUGAGGAGAUGCUGCGGGAGCUCCAGGGAAUCGUACUGUGUCGCGACAGCCUGCAGGUGAGGCGCCGGCGAGCGGCUUCAAUGCUGCGGCCACGGCCCUUACCUCUGGAGGAGCGCCGGGCACGAGCUGCCGCCGUGAGCCUCAGCAAUGGCAAGCUGUGCGGGGGCACGGGACUGCCUGAACCCCUCUCCCACAGACUGGCACAGGAGGCUGCCCUGGUUGCCAGAGGGUGCAGUCACAUCCGCAUUUGCCCCGAGUGCCGACGAUUCCAGGGACUGAGGAUGCGUCCUGCAGGGGCCACUGGGGCCCUCCCAUCUCCCACACACAGUGAGGAAAGCAUAGAGUGGGACAAGACCACAAAUAGCAGUGAACCUGAAUAACACCCGGCGAUUCCAACAGGACUGACUUUCCCAGCAGCCACCUCUCUAGUUUCCAGGGAUCAAAGAUCACGUGGUAUUUUGAUACAGCCAUUCGGAGCUUGGUCUUAAAGGGCAGGACAAUUCUGUGGACUUUUUUUUGCCCUAGAGGCAAUAGCCAGCAGUCAGUUUUUGGAAUCUCCUUGGGUGAAGUUUUUUCCUCGGUCAUAGGAAAAACUGAUGAGUCUGUCUCGUUGUGGUCUGUCCCUGUUGGCCCUCUGUACCGUGUAAAACAGGACGGGCAAAAACAGCUACGGGGCAUUUGUACUAUGCAGUAUUUUCAGUCAUUUAUCAUUGUGCUGUUUCUUUUUUUUCAUUUUUAAAUUAUUUCUGUCCUCUGUUGGAUUAUCAGUAAUGAAUAUUGUUAUUCUAUUGUUCUUAUGAAAAAAACUUCAAACA